CCCCGUCCAGGACAGUGCGGAAGGAGAUUCCCGGGCUGGGGUCUCAGAACCCGACUCACGGUCCAGGCUGGAGAUGGAGUUCAACAGUGAGGGUGUGAGGCGACUGCUUGGCAAGAAAUAUCGAUUAUCACAUCGUGGAGUAAUUAUUUACAUACAAACCUUACUCGGGCGGUGAACUCUGAUGGCAGAGAGUGCUGUAGAAUUCCCAUCACCUAACCUGACACGACGGAGUGCUGAGUAACUGUGCAGUGAAUGAAAGACCUGUGUAGACUUAAGAAUGAAGACAGGGUUGGAAGGCCCGGAAGAGAUCCUCGUAAUGUUGAAAGGUUGAGGUGGAGGGCUGACCCGGAAGUCUGACCUGCGUUUCUCGGGCAUGACUAAUGCCAGUUUCUGUGUUACACCAGGCUCUUAGUUCAGGCUUUCUGAUUCCCCACCAGUGUACAGUCUGAGGCAACCACCUUUUCCACCAGUUUCUUAGUUAUAUGAUUCAUAAUGCUUCUUAAAACUUCCCUAUGCGGAAACGUACAAGUUCAGGGAUCUAACUGUGGAAGAACUGAAGAAUGUAAAUACGUUUUUCCCACAUUUCAGAUAUUCCAUGGAUACCUAUGUUUUCAAAGAUAGUUCCCAGAAAAACCUGCUGAACUUCACCGGCACUAUUCCUGUGAUGUAUCAGGGUAAUACAUAUAACAUACCAAUUCGUUUGUGGAUUUUGGAUUCUCACCCUUUUGCUCCCCCCAUUUGCUUCUUAAAGCCAACUGCAAAUAUGGGAAUCUUAGUUGGAAAACAUGUGGAUGCUCAAGGCAGAAUAUACUUGCCGUAUCUCCAAAACUGGAGCCAUCCUAAAUCUGUCGUUGUUGGAUUAAUUAAAGAAAUGAUUGCCAAGUUUCAAGAAGAACUUCCCCUGUAUUCUCUGCCAUCAUCUGAUGAGGCACAGCAGGUAGACUUGCUAGCCUAUAUUGCAAAAAUCACUGAAGGUGUCUCAGAUAUAAAUUCAAAGAACUGGGCAAAUCAUGAGAAUAAAACAGUCAAUAAAAUUACUGUGGUUGGCGGUGGAGAACUGGGAAUUGCCUGCACAUUAGCAAUUUCAGCAAAGGGCAUUGCAGACAGACUGGUCCUCUUAGACCUCUCAGAAGGGACUAAAGGAGUGAUAAUGGACCUUGACAUAUUCAACCUGCCUAAUGUGGAGAUCAGCAAAGAUUUGUCUGCCUCUACUCAUUCCAAGGUGGUGAUCUUCACAGUCAACUCUCUGGGUAGUUCUCAGUCCUACCUCGACGUGGUACAGAGAAAUGUGGAUAUGUUCAGAGACUUUGUUGCAGCUCUGGGACAUUAUAGUCCACAUGGCAUCCUGCUCGUUGCAUCUCAGCCAGUGGAAAUCAUGACCUAUGUGACGUGGAAACUGAGUGCAUUUCCUGCAAAUCGAGUGAUUGGAAUUGGUUGCAAUCUGGAUUCACAGAGAUUACAAUAUAUUAUUACAAAUGUUUUGAAGGCACAGACUUCAGGAAGAGAAGUAUGGGUUAUUGGUGAGCAGGGAGAAGACAAAGUGCCCACAUGGGGUGGCCAAGAGGACGUAACAAGGCAUAACUCUCAGGUGCAGCUGUCCAACAGAGCCAUGGAACUGUUAAGGGUAAAAGGUCAAAGAUCCUGGUCUGUUGGACUGUCAGUAGCCGACCUGGUUGACAGUAUUGUGAAUGAUAAAAAGAAAGUGCAUUCUGUAUCAGUUUUAGCAAAGGGAUAUUAUGAUAUAAAUAGUGAAGUGUUUUUAAGUUUGCCUUGCAUCCUUGGAACCAGUGGAGUGUCUGAAGUCAUCGGGACCACAGUGAAAGAAGAUACAGUGACUGAGAAACUCCAAAGCAGUGCAUCAUCAAUACAUAGUCUCCAGCAACAGUUAAAACUUUGAUUCUAAAGUUCAGAGUUACUUGAAAGGAAAGGUCGUUUAAUUUUACCAACAUAUAUAUAGGGCUGAGAACUUCUGUGUCUUAUUAUUUAUCCUUACAAACUGCUUGGUUAAGGUAGAUGGUUUCUUGGUUGGCUUUGUAAUAUGAAUCCUUAGGUAGUUAGAUAAGAAGGAAAAAAAUCUAAUUUUCUUUGUUGUUCUUGAGAUAUCUAUACUGUUCUUUAAACCUACAGCAGAGAUAAACGUUCAUCUGCAAUAUGCAUCAUUUUAAAAUUAUGUAUCCUCAAUUAGCACCUUUAGCACUUUGGGAAUACUUUGAAAAUGAUACAUUUUUAAAGGAAAAUUACUCUUUGACUGUUAUAAUAACCAUGAUAAGCCGAAAGCCCAGUAUGGAUUUACAAAAUCUGUGCCAGCUAUACACUCAAAGGAUCCACAAUUUAAGCUAUUAAUGUUUCUUCUUUAAAAACAGUGGGUAGUAAUGAUAAUAAAGCAUUUUGUUUUCCCUCUUCAAAUUGAUUAGCUACCACAAAAAUGGAAAAGAAUUUUACACGUACUUUAAAAUAGUAAAAAGGAAAAUGAAAUUUUUUAAUAUAUGAAGAAAAAGUGUACUUUAAUUUCCAGUGGGACUGUCCUUUCUGUAAUUUUCUAUAACCUCUUCCUAGGCUAUAUAAGAUCUCUGACAUCUCAAGAACGCACUGUGACAUUAGUAGAACCAUAGAGAAUGUGUAUUUUUAGUGGAAGUAGGUUAUGAAUGAAAGCCAAGCAGUUUAAAGCUAAAAUAUGAGGCUUUCGUAAAAGCCAUUGGUCUUAAUGGGGAGAGGUUGGGUGGGCUGAUUGUCUGAGCAAAUCCUUUAACUACUCCUGAAGAAAUGAUUUACUUUGGUGAUGGGUCAAUAAUGACAAUAUCUUCAUAUGUGAAAGAUAGCAUAUUAUUACGAAUGUGAUGCACAGCUAAGAGCAAGAACUAACAUCAACACUUCUAGUAUUUCUGGCAAUGUGAUGAGCACUUUAUUGUUUUAUUCCUCAGGAUUAUUUAUUAAUCCUCACAGUAACCCACUGAGGAAGGGACUAUUAUCAUCAUUUUAUAGAGGAGGAAAUUGAGGUUUAGUGCCCAAGAUCUCAUGACUAAGGGACACUUACAUACAACCUCUACUUUUUCUAAGUACGAGAAGAGGGAAAAAGCAUAAAAGCGGAAAUAGUUACCACAAGACCCUAAAGCUGGGGUUCUAUACUCUUAUAUUCUCAUGUAGGGGCUUUUUUUUUCAAUAUAGUUUUUAGAAAGACUGAUUCUCUGACUUCCCAGACUUGCCCUCAGCAAAUAGCUGGGGGGAAUGGGGGAGGUACGCACUGAAGUAGGCGUUUAGUUAUUUAGUCAUUCAGUUAAAUAAGUGGGAGCCUGCUAUACACCAGGUGCCAUACUGGGCACUGCAGAUACAGUGGUGAGCAAACCUGGACUAGGUCCAAGCCCUCAUGGUGCUUAUAAUCUAGUAUGGAAACAUAGUAAUCAAGUCUCACAAGUAAAUGUCCAAUGCAAGUGUAAUAAGUGCUGUGAAGAAGUCCCAGGUGCUUUGAAAGCAUAUUAUAGGUAACCCAAACCUGGUCAAUGAGAUGGGAGCCAGAUGGAUUAUAUGGGCAGACAUACCUUAGGUAGAGAGGAAACAGUCAAACUAAUGCUGAUUUAGAAAAUAAUGGAUGCUUAUAAUGAUGAGCUUAAAUCAUAAAGAAAAGGUGAAAUUAUAUUCAGUGUUCCAUGUUUAAGUAGAAAAGUAUUUAAUAUGCUUGGAAAGAUUCACACUAUAAUGAACCGGUGUAAAAACAUUGGCCAUUUGAAGAGAAGAGCAUUAGUUCUGUGUAAUUUCACUGCAUGGGUAGGUUAUUUUGGUGUUAACUCUAAUAGUAUAUCCUCACUGUCCUUUUGUAUGAAAUAAGAAAUUAAAACUAAAAGGACCAUUUCUUGUGUUUUUAAAGUCGCCUUUUCUAAUAUCAGAUACCUAAUUGUGCUCUUGAAGAAUAACCUAAUUACAAGAUACUGUAUAAAUAGAUGAAUUGCUAAGAAUUCACUACAUUAAUUAUAAAAGGAACAUGUCACUACAACAAUACUUAUUGCAUCUACUGUCAUCCCGGGUACUGUGUUAGAAUCUGAGAAGUGAAAAGAUGAGUAAUAAUAGCCCUUGCCCUACAGAAGCCCACAAUAUAGAAGUAAUUCUAUCAGAUAUUUCCUUGAGUGUUGAGUAUUAUAAAUCAUAUAGUAAGUUCUAUAUAUAAGUCAAGAAGCAGUACCACCACCACCUCACUGUGAUUUGGUGAUAAUUUGACAUUCAUGAUGCUUCUAUUAACUUUCACUUUUUUUCAUCUUUCCAAAAUCAUGCAGUGUCUCUUGUUAUGGUUUUUAAUGGGGCUUGGAUUAAAAUGCUUCUUUGAUAUUGUAACAGAUAAAUAUUUUAUUUUCCAAUUUACAUUGUAGUUAUUCUUAAAUAUCAAGAAUAUUGAAUAAAAUAAACUUUGACUUUAAAAUUA